CCAACUUCGCUUUCUGGUUAAUGGUAUCCAUCAGAAAUUCAUUAAAAAUGAUUCAUAAAAGAUAUUUCCUUGGACAAACUGAGAGGUUAUUCUCUGUUAUUUCUAGUAAUAUUCUUGAAGUUUGUUAUUGGAGUUUGCUUUAUUUUCUGGCCGCUGCCCAGUGCCCACAAGCAUAGAUUCUCUCUAUUUUGCAUAUCCAGAGCUCUCUCUCCUAGCUGGGAGCCCUGCGGAUGGAUGAACGUGCUCUGCCUGCUGGGAUUCUUUGUGUUCAUAAAAAGAUUUCAUGCUUUUGUCCUUGUCUUUACCUCUCCUUUUCACAGAUGCCUCUCCCUUUCUGAAUUUCUUGGCCAUUUGGUGUAAUGUGCAGCUGGUGUACACACCACACUAGCAUAGUGAUUCAUAUUCUCCCACAUUUUAUUCCCACUUUCACAUCACCCAAGUUUUCCUAUAAAUAGACAUUUCCAUUGUUGUUUUUCUACAUCACAGCAUAUUACACUUCUGGGUCAUUGCAUAUACUCUCAAGUAGCCUCUUAAUUGCAGCUGUUACAAGUUACAACUUUGAAAAUGAGCUAUUCACAUUCAAAUAUCAGCUCUGGCAGUAGAUCAUCUGCUAGAAGGUCAUUAGAGUUUGGAAGGACACAUGUUGUGAGGCCCAAAGGAAAACACCAGGCUACUAUUGUUUGGCUACAUGGCCUUGGUGAUAAUGGCUCUAGCUCUUCUCAACUCCUGGAAAGCCUUCCUCUUCCAAACAUCAAAUGGAUUUGUCCAACUGCUCCAACUCAACCGGUAUCUCUACUCGGAGGCUUCCCUUGCACUGCAUGGUUUGAUGUCGGAGAGCUUUCAGAAGAAGGUCCAGAUGAUUGGGAAGGUCUUGAUGCCUCAGCUUCUCAUAUUGCAAACUUGCUGUCUGCAGAGCCAUCUGAUGUGAAAGUUGGGAUUGGAGGCUUCAGUAUGGGAGCUGCUAUGGCACUUUACUCUGCAACUUGCUGUGCUCUUGGAAAAUAUGGGAAUGGAGUCCCAUACCCCAUCUACCUAAGGGCAGUUGUUGGACUUAGUGGCUGGCUUCCUGGGUCAAGGAGCUUAAGGAACAAAUUUGAAGCAUCACACGAGGCUGCAAGGCGGGCGGCAUCGAUCCCUAUCUUACAGUUUCAUGGAACAUCUGAUGAGGUAGUCCCUCCCAAGUAUGGAGAGAAAUCAGCCCAAGCAUUGACCUCAGCUGGGUUUAGAACCCUUGUUUUCAAAAGCCAAGAAGGGCUUGGGCAUUACACAGUCCCAAAAGAGAUGAACGAAGUGUGCAGUUGGCUGAACUCAAGGCUGGGCCUUGAGGGCUAUCGCUAAGCAUUCAGAAAACACCAUUUUCCAACAGUAGCUGAAGCUGAGAAGAAAGAGGACAAUAAAGUUGAAGAAGAAGAAAAAAGCUUAUGCUUUUUUUUUGCUUCGAGUAGUAGGCCAUGGUAGAGAAUGGGGCAUGGGGCUUUUGGUAUAGAGAGAAACUUCCAUUCCCUUUUCAACUUCUCUGUUCCCAAUAAAAAUUUUGGAUUAGUUUUUCUUUUUUAUAAAAAUUUGUAGUACCCCAUAGUUGAGCUCAUUUUCACUUUAGGUGUCUGUUAUUUGUUUUCUUUUUGGUAAUAUUAUGAUAGUUAUGAAUUAUGAUUA